GAACUUCAGCAUGCAACUGCGCUAUAGGGACCUCGGUGAACCCCUCUUCACAGCACAAAUAAAUACCUUUGGAAAUGGAUCUGGAGGAGACAUACAAAGAGGGAGAGAAUACAGAGGGGAAAAUUACUCGAGCUGCAGCUGCAAAGUUGGUGAAAAAGGCUUUUCUCGAAGCCCUGAAGUCCAAUGACUUUGAAGCACUGGAAGAGCUCUUGAGCCAAAAGAAAAUAGACGUGGACACGGUGUUUGAAGUGGAAGAUGAAAACCUGCUUCUGGCAUCCUACAAACAAGGGUAUUGGCUGCCUAGCUACAAAUUAAAAAUAUCCUGGGCAACUGGACUUCAUCUAGCUGUCAUGUAUGGACAUCUGGAGAGUCUUUUGGUCCUCCUCAAUCACAAAGCCACAAUCAACUGCCGGCCCAACGGAAAAGCUGCAAUCCACGUAGCGUGUGAAAUGGCAAAUGUUGAGUGUCUCAAGAUCCUUUGCAACCAUGGAGCUAAGCUGAACUGCUUUUCAAUGAGCGGGCAGGCGCCCUUGCACUUCUGUACGACUCGAACCUCCAUGCCUUGUGCCCAGCAGCUGGUUUCAAGAGGAGCAAACGUGAACAUAAAAACAAACAACCAAGAUGAGGAGACUCCUCUUCACACCGUUGCGCGUUUGGGUAUCCCUGAACUCGUGGCCUUUUACGUGGAACAAGGAGCACACGUUGAUGCUCUCAAUGCCUACAUGGAGACUCCACUGGCCUGUGCAGCUUACUGGGCCCUGCACUAUAAGGAUCAGAUAUACAGCCCGGAUCACCACCUCAUCUGUCGGAUGCUUUUAGACUAUAAAGCUGAAGUGAAUGCUCGUGAUGAGGAUUUCAAAUCACCGCUCCACAAAGCUGCCUGGAACUGUGAUCACGUCCUGCUGCACAUGCUGCUGGAGGCAGGAGCAGAAGCAAACAUCAUGGAUGUCAAUGGCUGUGCACCCCUACAGUAUAUCAUAAAAGUGACAUCUGUGCGGCCAGCUGCCCAGCCUGACAUCUGCUACCAGCUGCUACUGAAUCAUGGAGCAGCUAGGAUAUUUCCUCUGCAAUUCCACAAGGUGCUACAAGCCUGUCAUUCCCACCCCAGAGCUGUGGAGGUUGUCGUCAAUACCUACGAACACAUCAAAUCAACAUCUAAGUGGAAAGCAGCCAUACCUGAUGAUGUCUUCGAGCGGCACCAGGAUUUCUAUGACUCUUUGUUCACUGUGUGCAGCAACUCACCACGGUCACUCAUGCAUUUAUGCAGAUGUGCUAUUCGGGCAAUACUGUCAGAAAGGUGCCACCGAGGAGUCCCCUUGCUCUCCAUCCCCCUGUCCAUGAAGAAGUACUUGCUGCUGGAACCAGAAGGAAUCAUCUACUGA